ACGAGUCCACUUGAUUUAGAAGGUGUUCAACAGGAAGAGAUAGACGAGAGGAACAACGGGAAGAAGGAGACAAUGGAGACGAAAGAGGUUCAACGGGAAGAGAUAGACGAGAGGAACAACGGGAAGAGGGAGAUGUUAGUGACGAAACGGGUUCAGGAGGAAGAGAUUCAGAAAUUCCAGAAGAUGGGAUUCAAAAUAUACAAGGCAAUGCUUCGUCUUGGCCCUAAGGAAAUGUUGAUGCAUAAAUCGUAUCUCCAGUAUGCUGACGAACAUUACAACUUUGGGUUCAGGAGUGAUGAUGUGAUGGUGUUGUCUUUCCCUAAGAGCGGCACCACUUGGACCUCUGAAUUAGUGUGGUCCAUGAAACACCCGCACCAGCUGCACCUUCUUCAGGAUCUCUCACCCCAGGAUCGGAUUUUUUGGCUCGAUUUGGACUUCGUGAACCCCGUUGAUCCUAUGGAGGACGCGACCUUGGAGAUGAAGAAGUUCCGGCAGAGAUUCCCUGGAGACCUCCCAGAAGAUGGGGUCAAGCUCAAGGUGGCGUCUAGUGAACCUGGCCCAAGGCACAUCCAGUCAAACUUCAUGCUUAGCUGUUUUAAUCCUGACCUCCUCAACAGGUGUAAGGUCAUCUACGUGGCUCGGAACCCAAUGGACGUGUGCCUGUCAUUCUACCACUUCUUGAGUAACAUGGCCAAUGGUUCACAACGAGUCUUCAUGGGUGAAUUCGAGGACUUUGUAGAAGGUUUUAUGGGAGACUGUGUAGCGUUCGGUCCCUAUUGGCCACACGUGAAGGAGGCGUGGCAACUGAGACAUCACCCCAACCUCCAUUUUAUGUUCUAUGAGGAUUUGAAGACCGAUAUAAUGGGGGAACUGAGGAAGUUAAAUAAUUUCCUCAGUGUGGACCUCAGCGACGACCAGCUUGAGAAGAUCAUUGAAGCCACUUCCUUCAGCAAUAUGAAAGCCAGGGAAGAAAGUAAGCCAGUGAUGAAGACUCUCCAGAUGUCCUUCUUCCGUCAGGGUAAGACAGGAGGAUUCAAGUCCUUCGCUUCCCCUCAAGUACAAGCUCGUAUGGACGCCUGGGUCAAGGAGAACCUGAUUGACACGGACAUUCCCUUUAAGAGUUAACACGGACCAAAGCUGGGAAGAAGCACGCGAAGAAUAGGCACCCUACCUUAUUUCACUUGAUGAGUAACCUAACCUAACCUAACCUAACCUAACCUAACCUAACCUAACCUAACCAAUAGUAUUGUAAUAACUUUGUUUAAUGGUGUUUUAAAGGGAAUAAAUGAAUACCUAUU